AUGUCUGACUCUGAUUCUGAUAUGGAAAUAAGUUUAUCAGCAAAUGCACUUGCUGCACUUGCUGAAUUUAGACAAGAAGAGCAACAACGUGCUGAAGAUUUUGAGAAAAUGUACAAAGCUACAGACGAAGAGUUUCAAAAGAGAAAGAAAGAAGGUAUGAAUUUAUUCCAAGAGGAUUGGCAAUUGUCACAAUUCUGGUACAGUGAUGCCACUGCCGAUCUAUUGGCUGAUGCACUAUUGGAGGGUGCAGAUGAGAACACUGUUAUCGCUGUUGUCAGUGCACCAUCUGUUUAUGCAGCUAUACAGAAGAAACCAGAAGAAGACAUACCGACUAAACACAUAUACCUUUUUGAAUUUGACAAGAGAUUUGAAGUUAUGGCUGGUAAAGAACAUUUUGUGUUUUACAAUUAUGAAGUACCAACUGAAUUUGAGUCUGAAAUAAAACAUAAAGUUGAUAGACUAUUGAUCGAUCCACCAUUCCUAAACGAAAACUGUCAAACUAAAUCUUCUAUCACUGCUAAUGAGUUGUUAGCUACUAACGAUGGUUCCAAGACAUCAAACGGAAUCGCCAAACAUCGUCUAAUAUCAUGUACUGGUGAGAGAAUGAAGGAUAUCAUGAAGAAAGUAUACCCUGAAACAAAUAUAACUACUUUCCUACCGGAGCAUGGUAAUGGUUUGAGUAAUGAGUUUAGAUGCUAUGCAGACUUUGAAUGGAAUGGUUGGAAAUUUGACAGUUGA